CGCCCAUCGGGCUCAACUUGACCAAAAACAACCUCGCUCCUUGUCGGCCGCUGUAACCACGGUUCCAUUGCGUCUGUACAGCUUGAUAUCUUUGAAAACCCCAACGGUCACCCAUCAGCAUGCGAGCCAUCCAAGUGAGGGAAUAUGUCAAGGGACCUUUGGAUCUCCAAGUCGCUACUCUUCCUACGCCUUCUCCAUCUGCAACCGAGUACCUAAUUGAGAUCCACUCAGCGGGCACCAACUUCUUCGACCUACUGCAGAUCCAAGGCAAAUACCAACAUCAGCCUCCACUUCCUUGGAUCGGAGGUGUAGAGUUCGCUGGGACCAUCCUGGCCGUUCCAACAGCAACGCAGGCCUCACUGCGAUUUCGAGUCGGGGAUCGAGUCUUCGGCGCCACGCAAGGCGCCUACGCAACCCACAUUCUAGCCCAAGAGCACACCCUCCUCCCGGUGCCGGCGGGCUGGAGUUUCGAAGAUGCUGCGGGUCUCUUUGUCACAGCUCCCACCUCAUACUGCGGUCUGGUGCACCGAGCGAACGUGCAGCCAGGCGAUUGGGUCCUCGUCCAUGCUGCAGCUGGUGGAGUCGGGCUGGCCGCCGUGCAAAUCGCCAAAGCUAAAGGAGCAACGGUUAUUGCAACAGCAGGUACGGAGCGGAAGCGGCAGGUCGCGCGCCAGUUUGGAGCUGAUCACGUUAUCGAUUAUCGUGAGAAGAGUUGGCCUGAAGAGGUGAAGCGGCUGUGUGCCCAAUAUCGGACCGGGAAUGGAAAAGAUGGCGUGGACAUUGUGUAUGACCCGGUGGGCAUGAUUGAGGCUAGUUUGAAAUGCGUGGCAUGGAAUGCACGCCUCUUGGUCAUCGGAUUUGCGGCUGGUAAGAUCGAGAAGGUGGCACUGAACCGGGUACUGCUCAAGAAUGUGAGCCUAGUUGGGUUGCAUUGGGGCCAGUAUGCUCGAUUUGAAAAGGAGACUGACCAGGCUGUCUGGAGGGGGAUUUUUGAUAUCGUGACACAGGGCAAGUUCAAGGGUACGGCCUUCAUAGAUGAGAGCUUUGUGGGUUUGGAAAGUGUGCCCCGUGCGUUGCAGGCGCUGGGCGGGCGGGAAACAUGGGGGAAGGUAGUUGUAAAGAUCAUUGAUGAUGAUGCUGCUGUUGCAAAGAGUAAACUAUAGAUGGGAGAAUGCAUCACCUAGCUUGAUAAGGAGUACUAGGUCUAGCAAUGUGCUACGGUGCGAAAAAUUUGGAAGUGCAUCAAGCCAUAAUAAGCCAUGAUCAGUUCAGAGAUAGCAAAGUGAGCUAUAG